UGGGAGGGGUGAGGCGCGAGGGAGAAAAGGGCGCUGUGGGGCGGCGGGAGGAAGUGCGCCAGGUCCGGGCUCCCGCUGCGAGGUGCUCCGCGGGUGGGCCGGCCAGGUGAUCCCGAGAUGCCGCUGCGCUGGAAGCCGGGGCCGCCGCUGCCGCAGCUGCUGCUGCUCCUGGGGCCGCUCGGCCCCUUCUCCCCGCGCGCCCCGGCGGGACUCGCGCAGGCGGACGACGCCGCGGAGCUGGACUUCUCCACCGAGCGGCCGGUGCACCUGGUGAGUCCCGCCUUCCUGUCCUUCACCAUCGACGCCAACCUGGCCACGGACCCGCGGUUCCUCACCUUCCUGGGUUCUACAAAGCUUCGUACUUUGGCCAGAGGUUUGUCUCCUGCAUACCUGAGAUUUGGUGGCACCAAGACAGACUUUCUCAUUUUUGAUCCCAAGAAAGAACCAACCUUUGAAGAGAGAAGUUACUGGCAGUCUCAAGUCAACCAGGAUAUGUGUGAAUCUGGAUCCAUCCCUCCCGACGUAGAGAAGAGAUUACAGUUGGAAUGGCCCUUCCAGGAGCAAUUGCUUCUCAGAGAACAGUAUCAGAAAAAGUUCAACAAUAGCACUUACUCAAGGAGCUCUGUGGAUAUGCUGUAUACUUUUGCAAAUUGCUCAGGACUGGACUUGAUCUUUGGUCUAAAUGCCUUACUACGAACAGCAGAUUUGCAGUGGAACAGUUCUAAUGCUCAGUUGCUCCUGGAUUAUUGCUCUUCCAAGAAUUAUAACAUUUCUUGGGAACUAGGCAAUGAACCUAACAGUUUCCGGAAGAAGGCUGGUAUUUUCAUCGAUGGAUUGCAGUUAGGAGAAGAUUUUGUCAAGUUGCAUAAACUUCUAGCAAAAUCCACUUUCAAAACUGUGAAUCUCUAUGGUCCUGAUAUUGGCCAGCCUCGAGGAAAGACUGUCAAGAUGCUAACGAGUUUCCUGAAGGCUGGGGGAGAAGUGAUUGAUUCAGUUACGUGGCACCACUACUACUUGAAUGGACGAAUUGCUACCAAAGAGGAUUUUCUAAACCCUGAUGUGUUAGACACUUUUGCUUCAUCUGUGCAAAAAAUUUUCCAGGUUGUUGAGGAGACCAGACCCCACAAGAAAGUUUGGUUAGGAGAAACAAGCUCUGCAUACGGGGGUGGAGCGCCAUUGCUGUCCAACACCUUUGCGGCUGGCUUUAUGUGGCUGGAUAAAUUGGGCCUGUCGGCUAGAAUGGGCAUAGAAGUGGUGAUGAGGCAAGUGCUCUUUGGAGCCGGAAACUACCACUUAGUGGAUCAAAACUUCGAACCUUUACCUGAUUAUUGGCUAUCUCUUCUGUUCAAGAAAUUGGUGGGCACCAAGGUAUUAAGGGCAAGCGUGAAAGGUCCAGACAGCAGGAAACUUCGAGUAUACCUUCACUGUACCAACAUCAACCACCCAAGGUAUAAAGAAGGAGAUUUAACCCUGUAUGCCUUAAACCUCCAUAAUGUCACCAAACGCUUGCAGUUGCCGUAUCAUUUAUUUGACAAACAAGUGGACAAAUACCUCGUAAAACCUUUAGGGCCUGAUGGAUUACUUUCUAAAUCUGUCCAACUCAAUGGUCAAACUCUGAAGAUGGUAGAUGAUCAUACCCUCCCGGCUUUGACAGAAAAACCUCUCCGCCCAGGAAGUACACUGGGCUUGCCAGCUUUCUCAUAUGGAUUUUUUGUGAUAAGAAAUGCCAAAGUUACCGCUUGCCUCUGAAAAUGAAAGGCAUACACCAUCCCUGAGAUUGAAUUUUUCAAGUGUAUUGAUAAGAGGAAAGCAAAACCCAAGCUAUAGGAAGGCAAGCAGAUACAUUACAGAUCAACUAGGGAAGCUUUAGGGACACCAGGACACUCCCGGUGCUCUAUUUAGCACAGUCUUUUGUUCUAAGUAGACCACUGCUAAUAAUAAUACCUGGUGCCAAACACUACGCUCAGUGCUUUGCAUGUUCUAUUUUUACUUAAAGUUAUUAAAAAGGUAUAUGGAUGCUCCCAGUAUAGCCAGGAGGCAAGUAAGUGAGGGAUACAGCACUAUUUUUAAGAAAGUGCUUCGUUGUUUUUAUUUUAAAAAACAGUUAUUAAAAGACUGCAGGAUUCUUUAUAUGCUGUUUCUAUGGGCUCCCGUCAGAAAAAGUUUACUGCCACAAUCUUCAAAUUGUCUAUAAAUGAGUGGGUCUCUUUUCACCUUAACAGAGAGCUAGAUUUAUCUGCUGCUUCUCUUUUCGCUGUUCUUUGUCAACAAUACUGCGUGAGAGGACAGAUGGUUAGAAGUGAUAGUAUAAAAAAAAGAAUUAACGACAAUUCAGAGGGACUGGAUAUGUAAACUUCAAAUGAAAUUUUAAAGCGACUGUAAUUGAAAUUGACCUACUUACCAAGAGGAGAAAAUGUAAUUCGAUACAUUAUAACUACCUGUUGAUGUUUACUUUUUUUUUUUAAUUUUUUUUUAACGUUUAUUUAUUUUUGGGACAGAGAGAGACAGAGCAUGAACGGGGGAGGGGCAGAGAGAGAGGGAGACACAGAAUCGGAAACAGGCUCCAGGCUCCGAGCCAUCAGCCCAGAGCCCAACGCGGGGCUCGAACUCACGGACCGCGAGAUCGUGACCUGGCUGAAGUCGGACGCUUAACCGACUGCGCCACCCAGGCGCCCCUAGAUGUUUACUUUUAAUCCACCUUUAGUUCUUGUUUUAGUUGGGAAACUUUCGGAUGCAAGUGGCAGAAAACCCUGAUUCAAAUGGCUUAGACCAUGAGGACAUUUAUAAUCCUACAUAACAAGAAGUUGAAGUAGGGCGGGCUCAGGAUGUCAUCCGGGAAUCAGGUCCUUUCUAUCUCUGGUCUGUCACCUUUAGUGUUGGCUUCAUUCUCCAGCUGGUGACGUGAUGGCUGGAGCCAUGCCAUAGACCCAUUCGGACCCAGCAGCAGCCAGAGAAAGAAGAUGAGCAACUUUUCUGCAUCUCCUUCAUAGACUUGCAGAACCCUUUCUCAGAGGUUCUCUCAGCGAACCUCACCUCCUGUCUCCUCAUGUCUUAUUGGUCAGGAAUGGGUCACGUGGCCAUUCUCCCCAGUUACUCCAACAUCAGUGAGAUCCCUGUAAUUGUCUCCUAGUGGUCUUUUGGAAUGGAGAACGUGUUGGGAAGUCCAUGGCACUGACCACUAUGUUUCUGUGCUUUUAUCAGUGACAGAAGGUAUUGUUUUCUCCUAUAUCUUAAUUUCUAGAGAUAGAAUUCUCUUUAUAUUUAUGUCUGCUAUGAAUAUUGUCUCUAUUAAAUUUAAGUACAUUUAUAAAGAGAUAAAGACAACCCAGAGUCUGAAUGCUUCAAUACCCCUAGAUUUUAUAUAUAAGUAGUUUUUUAUAUUUUCACAUUUGAAAUAAAGUAAUUUUUAUAACCUCAA